CAGGCCGUGGUGCCGCCGGAGCGCAGGGCGAUGCAGCUGUCGCCCGCGCUAUACUCCCGCCUGGUAGGGGCACCCGGGGCGGCCGAGCCGCUGCCUGUGGAGCGGGACCCCGCGGCCGGGGCCCCGCCCUUCCGCUUCGCGGCGCGCCGGGUUCGCUUUCCGCGGGACCACGAGUUCUUCGAGGACGGGGAUGUGCAGCGACACCUCUACCUCCAGGACGUGCUCACGCAGGUGACAGGGACCCCCGAGAGGCCCAGGGUGCCUGAGUUCACCUGUCAGGUGGCAGGGUGCUGCCAGGUGUUCGACACCCUGGAGGGCUACGAGCACCACUACCACACUCUGCACAGAAACGUCUGCUCCUUCUGCAGACGGGCCUUCCCUUCUGUGCACCUGCUGGACACCCACAUACUGGAGUGGCAUGACUCGCUGUUCCAGAUCCUGUCGGAAAGGCAGGACAUGUAUCAGUGCCUGGUGGAAGGCUGUGCAGAGAAGUUCAAGACCAGCAAAGACAGGAAGGAUCACCUGGUGAGGCGUCACCUCUACCCAGCGGACUUCCGAUUUGAUAAACCAAAGAAAAGCAGAGGCCCAGCCACGCCCGGGGCCACUGUACAAGUGUCAUCAGAAGCUCGGGGGGAUGAGGGGGAGCAGUCAGGAGGGGAUGCCAUGGAAGUCUGCUCUGAACACGCGGCCCCCCUCCCAGAACCCGUGGGCGAGCGGCGGACAUACAGUCACAGAAUACCUUCUACCAUCUGUUUUGGUCAAGGUGCGUCACGAGGAUUUAAAAGCACCAAGAAAAGAAAGGAACACCAGUGACUACGUGGACAGAGAGCCACGGGCCUCUGAGCCAACCCCAAGAGCGACAGUCGCCUUUCUCAGGACACGGUGUCAGUAGUGUAAUUUCUCUUGCCUUCUGGUGUGGCCGCUCUAGGACCCAGGCCUUUGCCACCCUCGAGGCCAGUCCCUCGGUGGACAGCUGUGUGACCGCGGAAGCAGUGACAGACUCACCAGUUCCAGAAGUGGCCCCUACACAUGCUCUCGUGAAUGAAGCGGGGGCCCGCCGUCCCACCUUCCUCUUCAGGGGCCGUCCUGAGGGUGUGCUUUGUAAACACGUAAAUACUUGCCUGUAACAGUC